UUACGUCACAGUCCCUAACUGUAGUUGUCCAGCUCGACACAAAGCUAGCAGCUAACGGCUCAGAAGAACCAGGGGAAGCUAACAGCUAACAGCUCAGAAGAACCAGGGGAAGCUAACAGCUAACAGCUCAGAAGAACCAGGGGAAGCUAACAGCUAACAGCUAACACAGGCAGUGAAAGUGUCGUCAGACUGACACUAACAUCUCACCAGCUGGUCUCCGUUAUCUCGGGUUAGCUCUGGUUAACCCGGGUGACUAUCGGACUGGUCCCCCGCUUAGCUGCGUUAAAUGUCCCAGCUAACCGUCCAGUGUUAUUCAUGUUAGCCUCGUUAGCCGGAUUCCAGCUGCUAGUUUGUGGUCAAUUGUUUUGUACAGAAGAAGCAGGCUAGCCAGAUAGCUAGCCUCUCUUUCUUUACUCUAGCUAGCUGCUGGUUCAAGUCGUUAGCUAUAAUAACAGGGUAAUAACCGGGUUUUAAUCAUGUGUCGGAUUGUUCUGACCAUCGAGCCCGUCCCCGAAGCGAGAUGUUGUUAAAACAGUCCAGUACUUUUAGCUAGCAGAGCUAGCCUUAGCUGUUAGCCAGCAGGAAUCCGAUUUCUUUGUUUGCUUCGGCAGCUGAUGGUUUAUGAUGUGAGCGCAGGUUAGCGCUGUUAGCUUAGUUAGCUGGUAGAUGAUAGACAGGACCGUCCGUUUGAUGGUUUAGGGUCGGUGUGUGUGAGCAGAUGCAAAGCUAACAGAUUAACCAGUGACCACGGGUCUGAGAUCAGCGGACACUGCAGAGCGGAGUGAGGCUGACAUGCAGCUGUAGGUUCACCGGUCAGCACCGCUUCACACCCGGGAACCAGAGGAGGCAACAUGGCCCUGGGGUCAGCGUGGGUCGUCUACCUGCUCAUACUGUCAGGAUGCAUUGCAGCCUCUCAGAGGAGCGACAACGUCUAUGUGUCUGGAAUUUCAGACGCCUGCAGCGACGUGGCGGAGCUCCUGCGGGCGUCCAGCGGCAUCAUCACCAGCCCCGGGUGGCCCUUCCAGUAUCCAGCCAGACUGAACUGCAGCUGGAACAUCCGAGCUCGGCCUGGAGACACCAUCACUGUCAGUUUCCAGGACUUUGACCUGCAGGGUUCCCACCACUGCUCGUCGGACUGGAUGUCCAUCAGCAGCUAUAGGAGCCUGGACGGACUGAGGGUUUGUGGUUCAUCACUGCCCCCCCCCUACAUCUCGUCCCAGGACCAUGUCUGGAUCCACUUCCACUCUGAUGACAGUCUGACAGGAAAAGGCUUCAGACUGUCCUACAUCACUGGUAAACCAGAGGCGUCCAGCUGUGAUGUGGACCAGUUCCACUGCUCUAACGGGAAGUGCAUCCCAGACUGGUGGCGCUGUAACUCCAUGGAUGAGUGCGGAGACAACUCAGACGAGGAGCUGUGUGUGGACUCGCCCUUCUCCUUCCAGCCAUGCAGCCUCAACCAGUUCCCCUGCCUGUCCCGCUACACCCGCAUCUACACCUGCCUGCCACACAGUCUGCGCUGCGACGGCAGCAUCGACUGCCAGGACCUCGGAGAUGAGAUCGACUGUGACGUUCCCACCUGUGGAGAAUGGUUGAGGAACUUCUACGGCUCCUUCAGUUCUCCAAACUACCCUGACUUCUAUCCUCCAGGGAGUAACUGCACCUGGCUGAUCGACACAGGAGACCACAGGAAGGUCAUUCUGAGGUUCACAGACUUUAAGCUCGACGGAACCGGUUAUGGAGACUAUGUGAAAGUCUACGAUGGUCUGGAGGAGAACCCUCGCCGCCUCCUCAGGGUGUUGACUGCCUUCGACUCCAGGGCGCCGGUGGCUGUGGUUUCAUCUUCCGGUCAGCUACGAGUUCACUUCUACGCCGAUAAGAUUAACGCGGCCCGAGGGUUCAACGUCACCUACCAGGUGGAUGGGUUCUGCCUGCCCUGGGAGGUUCCCUGUGGGGGGAACUGGGGCUGUUACACGGAGCAGCAGCGCUGCGAUGGCUACUGGCACUGUCCCAACGGUCGGGAUGAGCUGAACUGUUCCUCGUGUCAAGAGGACGAGUUCCCCUGUUCCAGAAACGGAGCGUGUUACCCUCGAUCAGACCGUUGCAACUACCAGAACCGCUGCCCCAAUGGUUCUGAUGAAAAGAACUGCUUCUUCUGUCAGCCUGGGAACUUCCACUGCAAGAAUAACCGCUGCGUGUUUGAGUCGUGGGUUUGCGACGCUCAGGACGACUGUGGAGACGGAAGUGAUGAGGAGAGCUGCCCCGUCAUCGUCCCCACCAGAGUCAUCACGGCUGCUGUGAUCGGCAGCCUCAUCUGUGGCCUCCUCCUGGUCAUCGCCCUCGGCUGCACCUGCAAACUCUACUCGCUGCGCAUGUUCGAACGCAGGUCUUUUGAGACUCAGCUGUCCAGAGUUGAGGCAGAGCUGCUGAGGAGGGAAGCUCCGCCCUCUUAUGGUCAGUUGAUCGCCCAGGGACUGAUCCCACCCGUGGAGGAUUUCCCAGUGUGCUCUGGGAGUCAGGCGUCUGUCCUCGAGAACCUCCGCCUGGCCGUCCGCUCUCAGCUCGGCUUCACCUCCCUCAGACUCCCGUCCUCCACUCGUCACAGCAACCUGUGGCGCCGGCUCUUCACCUUCUCACGGUCGCGGCGCUCCGGUUCUUUGGCUCUGGUCUCUGCUGACCUGGAGGACAGCGCAGGUACUGGGAGCACUGGGAGCUCUGGGUCAGACCUGCUGUCUCCGGACUCGGACGAUACAGACACAGAGGGGGAGCGAGGGAGGGAGAGAGGUGUGGGUGCGGUGGGCGGGCCUGUGGCCCCCCUCCCUCAGAAGACCCCCCCUUCCACUGCUGUGGAGGCUGUGGUAUCCGUGACGACGUCUGCGACGCCUAUGACCCCUGUACCGGGCAGCGAAAGGUGUCGUGACCGGCCCAGAGAGGCUCCGCCCCCUUCCAGUCCUGUCACAAUGACAACAUCCAAUCCAGAUCCUGAAUGUCACAGUGAUAGCUCAGAGAUACAGGCCCCGCCCACCUCUGCCCUGCAGCGUCUGGCCCAGAACCUGCACCGCUUCGCUAGGAACCUGACGAGGACAAGUCAGAACCAACAGAACCAGACCUGGACCAAUCAUAGCCCCCUCCAUCAGCUGGAGACAGGAAGACACGGGUCCGAGGCUCCUGAGCGACGAGGCAGCAGAGACGAGGAAGAAGAUGUGGAGCUUCUCAUCCCUGUGUCCGACUCUGACUCCGCCUCCUCCUCAUUGAUCAGCGAUGUCCAUCAACCGCUGCUGGAGCCACACCCCUCGUCCUCCACAGGCCACGCCCACCGUCCCCACAGAGGCCGGGAUGGCCCCUGUGAACACUGUGGGAUGGUCCACACGGCUCAGGUCCCUGACGCCUGUCUGGAGGCAACAGGCAAGAUGGAGAGCAGCGACGACGAGCUGCUGCUGCUCUGCUAACAACCCGCGUGGGCUAACAUGCUAACUGACACGUCCAUACCACGAGUACUACCCUGACCCAUCAUCUAGAGUUAGCUUACAUGCUAACUGACAUGACUACUGCUAAUACAGCCCUGUCCUUACACCUACAGUUAGCUGACAUGCUACAACACUGACACAACACGUUUAGACAGCAAGCCAACAUGCUAACACCUCAGACUGAGAAACCAGCCUUAGUCGAACCCCUUUAGCAUGUGUUAGCAUGUUAGUUGGACUGAAGGUGAGUGCUCAGCAGCCCUCCAGUGAUAUGAACCAAUUAGUGAAUGAAGGGAGUGAUGUCAUUAUGGUAAUGACACCCCACCCCCCUCCCAUCCAUAUGUUCCCUGGUCCGUCGUUCAAAGCACCCCCCCUCAUCCCAGCAGCUGGACGUCCUCCUUGAUAUGGCCUCCUCAAUAGACUUCCUGGUACGACUGUAAACUGAGUCCUGACAGAACAAUCUGAAGAGUCCGAGGAACCUGGUCUGCCUCUGAGCUGUGGACGUGCGACAGUUUAAAUGGUCCUUCUCCAUUUCCCUGUGCGGUUUAAGGAAAUGAUGAGUAGCACGGGUCAUGUGAUCAAUGGAGGCAGCUGAAUACCAGAGGGUUCCCUAAAGUUUGAUGGUCACAGAAAUUCCAAUUUGUGAGGUUCAAUCGUUUCCAUCUUGAUCAUGUAGAAGCCUGCACUGUUAUGUAUCUUUACUAUAUAUUUAUAUACACACCACGGCUUGUAUAUGAAAUUCUAUAGCUCCCAUUGAAGAUCAGCUCAUCGUCUCAGAGGCCACAUGGAACACGACACACUAAAAUAAACAUCUGGAUGAUGUUGUAAAUCAGAAUCCGUCACCUUGAACAUCUGGACCAUCGUAGAAACCAGCUUGGUGCUGACUGCUCCGAGCCGGUGCUCCCGAUAUUUAUUCCUCAAUAUUCUCAUUUAACUUUUAACUUCCUGACGUGUGUCGAACACGGAGUCGAGUGGACGAAUCACUGAUCUCCACACACAAUAGAAACCACGUCAUUGAUCGCAGACUGAUCUGAGGACCAUCAGGGUUCAAACUAAGUGAAGGAUUAUCUUGGCGCUCGCUGCCUCCACUGGUCACGUGACCCUUGUCCCACCUGAAGACUGUUGUCUGAUCGUCCUCCUGUACGUGACUAUGAUUCAACACUGAGGUCAGGUUCCUGAUGUCUGAUGUUCCACCUGUCCCCUGACCGGCUCCACAGGAAAGAUGUCCAAUCACACUGUUCAUUCUAAAGUCUUAAAGUUUUAUUGAUCCUGUGAAAAAAAGUUGUAGAUGUGUCAAACCUACGACAACAGAAUGAAAAAGUGUUUAAAGUUCUGGAGGUCAAACAACUGAAACAUCUUUAUGCAUCAGUGUUAACAAUUAUUAUUCAACAUAAGUCUGAAUACGAGACUGGAGGAGGAAGUGAUCAUGUGACUCCCUCCUCAGACUGAAGCCAAACGUCUAUUUAUGAUCUUUGUUACAGUUUUUGGUACUCGGCUCUCAGCUGACCUUGUGUGACUGUGUAUAUUUAUUAUUAAUAAUAUGACUGUGGUUAUUGUGUUAAGUUGCUGUUGUGUAGCUGUUUUUUCUGACCUGCAUGAUUCAAGUGGUUUGGUGUUAGUUUUUCUUUGAGUCUGUAAAAUUAAAAACUUUAACUGCACUAAAGGAUUAAAGGUUCACAUGAA